CUGCCGCCAUGGCCAGCCAGUCGCAGGGCAUCCAGCAGCUGCUGCAGGCCGAGAAGCGGGCCGCCGAGAAGGUGUCGGAGGCCCUCAAGCGAAAGAACCGGAGGCUGAAGCAGGCCAAAGAAGAAGCUCAGGCUGAAAUUGAACAAUACCGCCUGCAAAGAGAGAAGGAGUUCAAGGCCAAGGAAGCUGCGGCUCUGGGAUCCCAUGGCAGCUGCAGCACCGAAGUGGAGAAGGAGACCCAGGAGAAGAUGACCAUCCUCCAGGCCUACUUCCAGCAGAACAGGGAUGAAGUUCUGGAUAACCUGCUGGCCUUUGUCUGUGACAUCCGGCCAGAAAUCCAUGAAAACUACCGCAUAAAUGGAUAGGGGAGGAAGGAGCAGCUCUGCGUGCAGAUUGGCAUGUUAGAUGCCUUCAUGGAAUACGAAGCUUCAGCGAAUCUUGAGUAGUUACAUCCUUGUGAAAAGGCAUUACGUUAUUUCUGUAUA